UAACAAACUUGAGUUAGAAUAUAGAGAUGAAUAAACCUAUGUAAUAAAGUGAUGGAGAUGAAAUAUUCAUUCAUAUUUAAAAUAACGCAGAUCAAUACAACAUUUAAUCAUCAGAUGAAAAAAAUUAAAACUAAAAUAUGAUCCCUGACCAAGUCAUAGAAUCAUAGACGACAAAACCAAGACCAUUGACAUUUGAUUAAAUAAAAUUGGUUUCAUCCACUCAAGUAAGUGGUGAUGGACAUGUUAAAUCAGUAAGAGUAUAAUGUCCGUAAUGCAAAUAAAAAGUAUCAUAAUUCAUAUACUAGGUUGAUACUGUGAUUAUUAGAAAACCAGGAACUUAAACCUAUCUUGCCUCAUGUAUUCUUUUGCUUUGCUCCUUUGGUUUAGUAUGCGUUUCUUGUUUACCUUGUAUUAUUGAUGAUUGCAAGGAUGUUUUGCAUUCAUGUCCUCAAUGUAAAACUCCAUUAGGAAAGACAUAAUUUAAGAUUUUAGAUUGAUUCAUAUAUAUCGAC